AUGACAACAUGCCAGGCCGACUCGUCCACGCAGUGCAUUCAAGCGGAGGGCGGCUCGGUUCAGUACUCAGGGAGCUGGGGCCCCCAACCAUGGUCGGGCACCAGUACCGUGGAGGCCUCGUUCGUGAAAGGCGAUACUGGGCGAUUGACGUUCACUGGUGCGUGUCUUCAUCGCUUCCUUUUCAUCCGGCUGUUCGCGAACUCGAUCGGCGCAGGGACGUCAAUCGAGGUCUGGGGAGGGCAGGUCAACGGCAACGCCGGGCCAGGUCAGGGGAACUCUGCGUACACCGUCGACGGCGGACACGCGGGGUCGAUCUCGGACCGCUCCCAGAACGCCCCGCAGAACCCUUCCCUGCUGUACAAAGCCAGCGGGUUGAGCAACGGGCAGCACACGCUCCAGAUCACCAACAACGGUGUCACCCUCGGCCUCGACUUCUUUAAGGUCGGCCUUUCGCAGUCGUCCGGCAACUCUGGCAACUCUGGCAACUCCGGCAACUCCGGCAACCAACAGCAGCACACGACAACGCAACAGCAGCAGCAGCAGACGACGACGCAGCAGCAGCAGCAGACCACCGUCAAGACCACCCAGGCCCAACAGACCACCCAGGCCCAACAAACCACGCAACAACAGUCUCCCACCUCUUCCACCUCUUCCCAGGAUUCGCCUGCCACAACUUCAGAUAGCUUGCAAACCACGUCUCAGGAUAGCAGCAACCAGAACACGUCCUCUUCCUCAUCCACUUCCGGCGCUACUUCUACGACCGGCCCUCCGUCAACUUCAACAUCAACAGAUGGCGUCAGCAACUCGAGUCCUUCCGCCGCCGCCGAUCACUCAUACACCUCAUCCGGCACCGCGCUCGGCGCCGCAGCCACCGACACCAGCGGCGCGAAUCACAGUGUCGGCGACAACAACAACAACGCGAACCCGACCGCCGCCGCCGCGCCCGCCGGUGCGUCCGGCAGCAGCAACAACACUGCCGCGAUCGUCGGCGGGGUCCUCGGCGCGAUCCUCUUCCUCCUGCUCAUCAUCUUCGCGCUCUGGUACGUCCGCCGUCGGAGGCGGCAGAAGACGCGCGGCAUGCUCGCGCGCUUCGACAACACGUUCAUGGGCGGCGUCGCCAACCCGAACGUCGACCCGGAUCUCGCGUACGCCUUCGCAGUGCACGAGAAGGCCCUGCACGGGAAGAAGGACGACGACGCGACGUACGGCUACUCGGACCAGCGCCUCUCCGGGGCGCCCUCCGAGGUCCCGACCCUCCCGCCGUACGCGUACCCGGACCAGCUCUCGCCCUCGUACGCCGCCCGGCCGACGCACGACUCGUACAUCCUCGGCCGCUCCCCCAACUCCGGCGUCCUCCCACGCUCGCCGCCCUCCGGUCCGCUCGCCGCCGUCGGCGAGCACGCGGACGCGGACGCGAGCAGCGUCCAGAUCGCGUACGAGGACGACGACGGCGUCGCGGCGGUGCCCGAGGGGCUGAGCGCGGACGGGCACUGGUUCGGGCGCCCGCCGUCGGUGCCCGUGUCGGUGUCGUCGUACGCGCCGUCGGCGCUCGACGGCUGGCCGCGGCCGCCCGCGGGCCCCGUCGGGCACGCGGUUUGA